AUGAGUGAAGAACGGUGGGUCUCCCUCACUCCAGAAGAAUUUGGCCAACUUCAGAAAUAUGCAGAAUAUUCUUCCAAGAAGAUAAAUGAUGUCUUGGCUGAAUUUAAUGAGGGUGGGAGCCUCAAACAAUAUGACCCACAUGAGCCUAUUAGCUAUGACGUCUUCAAGCUGUUCAUGAGGGCGUACCUGGAGGUGGACCUUCCACAGCCACUGAGCACACACCUCUUCCUGGCCUUCAGCCAGAAGCCCAGACAGGAGACCCCGGCCCACCCAAAGGAGGGGGCCAGCAACAGCGAAGCCAGUGGCCCAGAUUCCAACAUACAGAAUGCAGAUAAUGCUGCCAAAGCAGACGAGGCUUGUGCCCCUGAAAUGGAAUCAAAGAUCACCGAGAAGCAAGUGCCAACUGAAGACCAAGUGUCUGCGACCCCCAUGGGAAACCAUGAUGCUCAUUUUUCAGGCUCAGAAUCCCCCAUAGUGUACCUGAAGGAUGUCAUGUGUUACCUGUCCUUGCUGGAAACGGGGAGACCUCAGGAUAAGCUAGAGUUCAUGUUUCGUCUCUAUGAUUCGGAUGAGAAUGGUCUCCUGGACCAAGCGGAGAUGGAUCAUAUUGUCAACCAGAUGCUACACAUUGCCCAGUGUCUCGAGUGGGAUCCCACGGAGCUAAGGCCUAUAUUGAAGGAGAUGUUACAAGGGAUGGACUACGACCGGGAUGGCUUUGUGUCUCUCCAGGAGUGGGUCCACGGAGGGAUGACCACCAUCCCAUUGCUGGUCCUCCUGGGGAUGGAUGACUCUGGCUCCAAGGGGGACGGGAAGCACGCCUGGACCAUGAAGCAUUUCAAGAAACCAACCUACUGCAACUUCUGCCAUGUCAUGCUGAUGGGCGUUCGGAAGCAAGGCCUGUGCUGCAUUUACUGUAAAUACACUGUCCAUGAACGCUGUGUAUCCAAAAACAUUCCUGGGUGUAUCAAAAUGAACUCAAAAACCAAAAGGGGCGGCGAGGUGAUGCAGCACGCGUGGGUGGAAGGGAACUCCUCUGUCAAGUGUGACCGGUGCCACAAAAGUAUCAAGUGCUACCAGAGUGUCACCGCGCGUCACUGCCUGUGGUGCCGGAUGACGUUUCACCGCAAAUGUGAAUUGUCAACUUUGUGUGAUGGUGGGGAGCUCAGAGACCAUAUUUUGCUGCCCACGUCAAUAUGCCCCAUCACCCGGGACAGGCAAGAUGGGAAGUCUGAUGGUAGCAUGUCAGCCAAGGACGAACUUGUAACACAGUAUAAGAUCAUCCCCACCCCGGGUACCCACCCCCUGCUGGUUUUGGUGAACCCCAAGAGUGGAGGGAGACAAGGAGAAAGAAUUCUUCGGAAAUUCCACUAUCUGCUCAACCCCAAACAAGUUUUCAACCUGGACAAUGGGGGGCCUACUCCAGGACUUAACUUUUUCCGUGAUACUCCAGACUUCCGUGUUUUGGCCUGUGGAGGAGAUGGGACAGUUGGCUGGAUUUUGGAUUGCAUUGAUAAGGCCAACUUCGCAAAGCAUCCACCCGUGGCUGUCCUGCCUCUUGGAACGGGAAAUGACCUGGCCCGCUGUCUCCGCUGGGGAGGGGGUUAUGAAGGGGGCAGCCUGACAAAAAUCCUGAAGGACAUUGAGCAGAGCCCCUUGGUGAUGCUGGACCGCUGGCAUAUGGAAGUCAUCCUGAGAGAGGAGGUGGAGAAUGGGGACCAGGUCCCGUACAACAUCAUGAACAACUACUUUUCCAUCGGCGUGGAUGCUUCCAUCGCACACAGAUUCCACGUGAUGAGAGAGAAACACCCUGAAAAAUUCAACAGCAGGAUGAAGAACAAGCUCUGGUACUUUGAAUUCGGCACCUCAGAGACCUUCGCGGCCACCUGCAAGAAACUCCACGACCACAUAGAGUUGGAGUGUGACGGAGUAGGGGUGGACCUGAGCGGCAUCUUCCUUGAAGGCAUUGCUAUUCUCAACAUUCCCAGCAUGUACGGUGGCACCAAUCUCUGGGGAGAAACCAAGAAGAACCGGGCUGUGAUCCGGGAAAGCAGGAAGGUCGUCACUGACCCCAAGGAACUGAAAUUCUGCAUUCAAGACCUCAGUGACCAGCUUCUUGAAGUGGUGGGGCUAGAGGGAGCCAUGGAAAUGGGGCAGAUCUACACUGGCCUGAAGAGUGCAGGCAGGAGGCUGGCCCAGUGCUCCUCUGUCUCCAUCAGGACGAACAAGCUGCUGCCAAUGCAAGUGGACGGAGAGCCCUGGAUGCAGCCACCUUGCACGAUUAAAAUUACUCACAAGAACCAAGCGCCUAUGAUGAUGGGACCCCCCCAGAAGAGCAGCUUCUUUUCUCUGAGGAGGAAGAGCCGUUCAAAAGACUAG